UAAGGGUAAGUUUAAAUAAGUUAUAGGUUAUGGUUAGUUGUUGAAAUAUCACUAAAUUGAUUUUGGAAUAAAAAUGGCAUCAGAACAAGGCAGACUGUGUUCGCUUUUAAUUAGAGAACAUUUUGGGGAAGUUGUUGAAAAAGUGAGCAAUACUCUGCAUUGGGGUCCCAAAACAUUGCCGUUGAUAGUUUCUUCCUCUCAACUUCCAUUAUCAAAGGUAAAACAAGCUUUGGCAGUGUUGAUAAAGUAUGGAUUUGUUACUUAUGAAAGAGGAAAAUUACCCACAGUAGCUGAGUACACUCUGAAACUAACCAAGGUUACACUCAUGGUAAGGUACCCAAGGUAUAUUCUUCUCAUUAAGGAACAUGUGGAUGAAGAAUCCAGUUUCUUAUUGGAAGAAUUGUUACAAUGUGGAUUUGAUACAGCAACAAAUGUUAUUCUUAGAGUGUCAAAAAGAGUCACUGAAGAGGGUCGUCAGAUGGAGUUUGAUUUGCCUCAUUUGACAGACAAGUUCCACAUGCUGGUUCAGAUGCAGUACCUUAUGCGCUGUCCUCACCCUACUGAUCCUGAUGCAGCCGCUAUUGAGGUGCCAGUGCUGGGGGUUACAGAAGCUGAACUGUUCCUUCCUCCAGACCUCAACAUCAAAUAUCUCUCUCUACGAAACCAAGGCAUGGUUGCUGAUGACCCUGGAGACCUGGGUAUCUACUGGCGUAUCAACUAUGACAGGUUUCAUCAAGACAUCAGGGAUGACUUGAUUGUGGCAGCCGUUGAGAGGAGGUUUGAUGCCAACGCAGCACAACUGAUGAAUGAGUUGCUGAGACUCACCUACCUCCGUACAGAUGCCUGGGCACCGCAGUCUAAUGCUGUACCAGUCGUUGAAGUGAAAGACUCCAUCUCCAAACUCACCAAAAAUGCAUAUCUGGCUCAAUACCUGGACCAGUACUUAAAAAUACUCGAAGAAUCAACUGGGUUUGUUACCAAAGUGGAGAGCAGCAGUGGCAUGAUGGAAGUAAACAUGUCAAAGGCUAUAGAGAUUCUAACAUGCAAUGCUAUUGACAACAAUGUUGACCAGAGGUUUGGGGCGAAAGCUGCUAGAAUCUUUAGACUAGUGAGAGCCAAGAAGUACAUGGAGCAAGACCAGAUCCAACAACUUGCCAUGAUCCCUGACAAGGAGGCCAAGCAACUUACAUACAAACUGCUGCAGGAGAACUUCCUUCAGAUGCAGGAGUUGAGGAAGCCCACAGUCAGUACUGGACCUAACAAGACCUACUUUCUCUUCCAUGUUGACCUGCCCCAGGUUGCCAGAAUGGUUCUUGAUACUUGUUACAAAGCAAUGGCUAACAGUUUGACUCGUCGUAGUCAUGAGAAGAAUGAAAAUAUCAGAUUAAUAGAAAAAAAGGAACGUAUUGAAGCAAUAGCAGAUUCUAUGCGGGAGCAGGGUACAGAUGAGCAACAGAUUCAAGAAUUGGUUGAUGACUGGCUCACUCCUCCUGAACGCUCUCUAUUGGAGUCUGUAGAAGCAAUGAUCAGGAAGAUGAACCUUGCUGAGCUGCAGAUAGAUGACACUGUCUUCCUUCUGCAACUCUUCACCUACUAUCAGAGUGCAAUCAUCCGCAUAAAGGCCAAGUAGCCUUAUCCUAUAGUCUGCUGUGCAAACAAAUACUGUACUGUAUUCUCUGUGAUUAUGUAAAUAUAAUUAUU